AUGCCAGCGGAACUUCGCCUCAAGAAGACAUCAACAAGUCUUACAGGAAGCAAAGCUAUUGGCGCUGGGCUCGAAAGAUUGAAACAGCUGUUGGCCGUAAGAAAGUAUCGUGAUUCAAUAUGGGAGCUUUUUGAACCUCCAAGAGUAAAUCCGCCGACGUUGUCCGAGCUGUCCGACGUGCUGAUUUUCCUUUUUGGAGAGCUGCUCUCAGUUGAUAACGCGGACGACGAAGCAGGAGAGCAAGAGUGA